AUGGUCAAUCACCAUCAACAUUCUACUUCUUUAUUUGUUCCAGAGUUGGAAAUCAGUAGAAAUGGCUAUGAAGGUCGGUUGGGUUGGACGAUUCUUUGGAGGACGAGAGAGAUUUGGACAUGGCAGAUCGUAGGGCUACAGAGAUUGAGCUUGAUACCAUGGAGGGUUUUGCGUAGGGCUACAGAGAGAUUGAUCUUGGUUGAUGGGCCAGAUACUUCCUCCUUCACUGCAUUUCUCUACUCAUUCUUAUCACCAGGAAGAUCAGAAAACGAGUCUGAAUAUUCAGAAUGGAACGACAACCAAGUGGUAACUAGCUACAGAAAUGACACAUCAUCCCCAAACGUUUCAAAAGAAAACAAUGGAAAGAAAGGUCUAUUCUCUAAGGGAAAACAGUCACUCAGCAAGGCUCUUUCACAAGCUGCUAGGUUUAGUGGAACCUUCACAACUUAUGACAGAAAUACACGUUCUGAUCUUUAUGUUGCACUCCCUGUUCUCAGUCAAGGAAAGAAAUGGGUCUUACUAUACAGUACAUGGAGGCAUGGCAUAUCUCUUUCAACCUUAUAUAGAAGAAGCAAUCUUUGCCCUGGGUUAAGUCUACUGGUCGUUGGAGAUCGUAAAGGUGCAGUGUUUGGUGGUUUAGUUGAGGCACCUUUGAAACCAUCAACAAAGAAAAGAUACCAGGGAUCGAAUGAUACAUUUGUGUUUACAAAUACACCAGGGCGUCCUGUUAUAUAUCGCCCCACAGGGGUGAAUCGGUAUUUUACUCUUUGUUCAACUGAGUAUUUAGCGCUUGGUGGGGAAAUCAUUUUGCAUUGUAUCUCGAUAGUGACUUGUACGAGUGUUGCACUUGCAUCAUUCCUAUUUUUCUUUUUGAGGGAUAAUAUGGAAAUUGAGCUGUGGGGGUUUGUAUAUGCUUCAGAGUAUGAAGAGGCGAUAUCAAUGUUGAGGACAGAAGCACUUGGGAUAUGUCGAUGGUUUAUACUGCCCCUGAUUCUGCCUGGUAUAAAAUGCCUAAGUCUACAAGGUGAGCUUUGUGGUUGGACAUGCUUUUACAUUGGUGUGGCUGCUGUUGCUUUUGGAUGCUCUUAUUAUCACCUCAAACCAAAUGAUGGUCACCUUGUUUGGGAUCGUUUGCCUUUUGAUGCUAAGUUGAAGGCUGCAGUUGAGAAAGAGGUUGGUAGGAUAAGAGGUUUGGUUGGAUUAGCUUUUUCCACAGCACAGAAGGAUCCACCAGGAACAGGAAAAACACAAACAAUUUUUGGGCUUCUUAGUGCCAUAUUACAUACCAACUGA